GAGCCGCGGGGGGCUGCGCGCCCCUGAAUGCACCGCGGGACACAGGAGGGUGCCAUGGCCUCAAGGCUCCUGCACCGGCUGCGGCACGCCUUGGCCGGCGACGGCCCCGGGGAGGCGACAGUCGGGCCCGAGGCUGAGCAGUUCCCGGAGAGCUCAGAGCUGGAGGACGACGACGCCGAGGGCCUGUCCUCCCGACUCAGCGGCACCCUCAGCUUCACCAGCGCCGAGGACGACGAGGACGACGAAGACGAGGACGACGAGGAGGCUGACCCCGACCCGCUGCCCCCCGGGGAUGGGGCGUCUGGAGAAGACGCAGAACGGAGCCCCCCACCUGAUGGGCAGCGGGGCAGUCAGCUCCUGGCGCGGCAGCUGCAGGAUUUCUGGAAGAAGUCCCGGAACACCCUGGUACCCCAGCGGCUGCUUUUCGAGGUGACCAGCGCCAACGUUGUCAAGGACCCGCCCUCCAAGUACGUGCUCUACACCCUCGCCGUGAUGGGUCCAGGGCCGCCUGAUCGCCAGCCAGCCCAGAUCUCUCGCCGCUACUCCGACUUUGAACGGCUGCACCGUAACCUGCAGCGGCAGUUCCGGGGCCCCAUGGCUGGCAUCUCCUUCCCCCGUAAGCGCCUGCGCCGGAAUUUUACUGCGGAGACCAUUGCUCGCCGUAGCCAGGCCUUUGAGCAGUAUUUGGGCCACCUACACUCAGUACCUGAGCUGCGACAUGCUUCAGACCUGCAGGACUUCUUUGUGCUGCCAGAGCUGCGACGGGCACAGAGCCUCACCUGUACUGGCCUCUAUCGUGAGGCUCUGGCACUCUGGGCCAAUGCCUGGCAGCUGCAGGCCCAGCUGGGCACCCCCUCUGGCCCAGACCGCCCCCUGCUGACCCUGGCUGGGCUGGCUGUGUGCCACCAAGAGCUGGAGGACCCCAGGGAGGCCCGGGCAUGCUGUGAAAGGGCCCUGCAACUGCUGGGGGACAAGAGCCCCCACCCUUUGCUGGCACCCUUUCUAGAGGCCCAUGUCCGGCUCUCCUGGCGCCUGGGUCUGGACAAACGCCAGUCAGAGGCCCGACUUCAGGCCCUGCAGGAGGCAGGUCUUACCCCCACGCCACCCCCUAGUCUCAAAGAAUUGCUUAUCAAGGAGGUGCUGGAUUAACCCUUGCCUUGUCUUAAGACCACUAUUGGGGGAGGCCCUGAUGAGGACGUGCAGAGUAGCUGGGAGGCUGCAGGGGGUGCUGGGAGCCUCUAGAAGUUCCACAAAGGGAACGUGCAGCAGACUAAGGAAAUUUACUUCUUCUGUUGAGCUGGGCUCAGGGUGAGCUAUGGCUGGGGUUGCCCUAGGAUGGUCCAGGGAAGAAGUCUGACACAGCCUCUCUAGCUGAUAAACAGCACGGGGCCGUGGCACAGGUCAGGGUCAGAGUUACCUUGUCCAUGAGCCUCCAAGCCAGCGAGGCAGCCUGGCUGAAGGGCCGGGGACUCUGCCCCUGGAGUCCUGCAGUCGAGGAAGGAAAGGAGGGCUGCAGUUCUAGCCCAGGGGAAUUAAAGGCCAGCCACUCC